CAGCUCUCUGAACGUGGCGAGCAGACGAUUCCGCCCACAAAAAAGAUGGCGGCCCCCUUGCUGGAGCAACUGUCGGAGUCUUUAGGUUCCCCGGAACCAGCGAUUCGACUCCUUUUAUCUAUUUUAAUCGGGUAUCCCUUUGCUCUGGUGGACCGGUGGUUCUUGUUCUACCAGCCUGCCACAGUUAUCCAUUUGUUCCACACGUUUUCUGGAUUGGCUCUUGCAGCGUUCAAUUUUGGCCCUCAGCUCUAUCACUCCGUAGUAUGUGUCCUUGUCCAAUUUCUGAUGCUGAGGCUCAUGGGAAGGACGGUAACAACUGUCCUGAGCAGCUUUACCUUUCAAAUGUUGUACCUGCUGGCGGGGUAUUAUUACACAGCCACAGAGGAGUAUGACAUCAAGUGGACUAUGCCUCACUGUGUCCUCACACUUAAACUUAUUGGUUUGUCAUUUGAUUACUAUGACGGUGGGAAAGAACCAUCCAAGCUGAGUUCAGAGCAGAAGGCGGCGGCCCUGCCGUCUGUGCCCUCGCUGCUCGAGGUGUCCGGCUUCUCCUACUUCUAUGGAGGCUUUCUUGUGGGUCCCCAGUUUACACUGCGCAGCUACCAAAGACUUGUGGCGAGGGAGCUCACCGACUGCCCUGGAAAAGUUCCCAACAGUGUCAUACCAGCUAUGAAGAGGUUUGCUCUGGGUUUUCUCUGCCUGGUCAUAUAUGCGAUAUUUAGUCCUCAUUACCCAGACAGCUACUAUUUAACAGAUGAGUAUGAGGUGCAACCAUUCUGGUAUCGCUGUGUGUUUAUUCUGCUGUGGGGCAAAGUCAUUUUGUAUAAAUAUGUCAGCUGUUGGGUUAUAGCGGAGGGUGUGUGUAUAUUAUCUGGAUUGGGGUACAAUGGACUGGUGGACGGUAAGCACCAGUGGGAUGCCUGUGCCAAUAUGAAGGUGUGGCUCUUUGAAACUACGCCGCUCUUUGGAGGAACCAUUGCUUCUUUUAACAUCAACACAAACGCCUGGGCUGCCAGACAUGUGUUCAAGCGGUUGAAGUUCCUGGGCAAUAAGACUUUAUCUCACGUGGCCACGCUCUUCUUUUUAUCGAUUUGGCACGGCCUUCACUCCGGGUACAUCUUGUGCUUCUCCAUGGAGUUCUUCAUCAUCACUGUGGAGCGACAGGCCCAGGCAUUAGUAAGGGACAGUCCCACGCUGACGAAGCUGGCCAACAGCGCACUCUACCCCCUCAUCUAUGUAGUCCAGCAGUUUAUCCACUGGCUCUUCAUGGGGUAUCCUCUAGUGGCAUUCUGCAUCUUCAGUUAUGACAAAUGGCUCAAGGUGUAUUCGUCUGUCUAUUUCUGUGGUCACUUAUUCUUCCUAGUAGCCUUUUUAAUCAUGCCAUACCUUCGUAAGGCACUGGUGCCUAAAAAGGAGCAGAGGGAGAAGAAGCAGGACUAAAAUGUGGUACUACAACUUGGCUUGGUGCAUCCAUGUUAAGACUGAAUAUCCACUGAAGGGAACUGCGACUUUCAAGGAGCAGAGCGGAAAAUAUUUUAAGGCCUUUUAGUAAUAUAUGUCCAUGUAAAAAUAAAUUUCUAUAUAUUUUUGUGUUUCAGGCAGGAAGGGCGUUUUUAUAAACAUUUGGAAAAAUGUUUACAGGAAAUUACCAUUGUGCCACAGGGAGGUAAUUGUGAGCCAAUCAGGAGCAAUUUCCUUUUUCUUUUUUUUUUUUUGUCCCCACAUGUGGGACUCUGAGAUUGGUAUGCUGUCCACACAGAACUGCACACACUCACCAGUUACAGGUUCAGAGUCUGUGUUUUUGGCUCAGUGUUUUAUUCUUUGUUCUUGUUCCAUGUCCACAAUGAACAGGAAUUUUAAUGUGUCACUUUUUGGUAUACUAUGACAUGCAUACAGUUUUUUUUUUCUUUUUUUUUUUUUGCAGAAGGAGAUUGAUGGUAAUUGUAAUCAUCAUCAGGGCUUUUUCCUAAAUAGCUGCCAGUGGUUAUACAAGCACUCUAAAAUCACACACUGUACACUAACACCCAAAUCCAAAUGGCCUUGUAUUAAUGAAUGUUUUUACAGUACAUUUGUUCUGGAUUUAAUUUGAUUUGAUAUAUUGGGGGGUGGGGGUGGGGGUCUGAUUUUUAUAAUGUUAACAUGUUUUAUGAAAACGAACUUUUUGUAGCUUUGGAAAACAUUUAAGAUUUCCUGCCUUUCCUCAGUGAUGGUUUUCUUCUGGCCACAUCUCCUCCUCCUCUCCCUUUGUUCAGUUCGUGCUACUCCUCUGUGUGUCUGCCUUGAUUCAAGCCCCUCACUGAAAUGCACAGUUGUGAAAGUGAACAACCUUACAGUCAUUACAGUUAAUUGUUUUGGUUCUUUUUGUGUUCUGGUGUGUAUGAAAAGGAGGGGCCACAGGCUGUCUUGGGGGAAGUUUGAGGAAUUUUCUUAUUUUGAACUGGAAGCGAACAAGUAAAAUUUGGGGGGCCGGGGAGAUGAUCCAGCCUACUAGGGUAUGUUGAAGUGGAAGGAUCCCCAUCCCACUGUGGGAAUACCAGCUUUUCUUUAUUUCUGGAGGAGGGGCUGUUUUAUGUCUGAUCCAUGGUAUGCUGGAGGAAGACCUCCGCCACUGAGGCCAGCACACACACAUGGGGAGGACGGACCUCGCUGUAACAGCAGCCCAGAUUUUUGGUAAUAUUUAUACAUGACAUGGGGGAUUAAUUGACAUGAACUGCUAUUUUAAGAGACUACUUUUUCAUGCCUUACUCCUAGAAGAUGUAGAAAGGAACAAUAGAUGUAAGUGGCAAAGCGGAUGAGGAGGGUGAUUUUGUUUUUGGGUUUUUUUUUUUUAAAUACU